CACAAACCCUAUGAUCUCCGAUACCCGACCAAAUUGGGGUCGCUUACUUCUGUAAACCCUCUCAAUCUCUUGCAACCAAAUCGACGGUUGCUUCUUACUCUUGCUUCUUUAAAUCGUUGCCUCUUACUCUUGCUUAUCGAAAUCGGCAGCAAGUUUUCGUUUGCAGGUGGUUUUCAAGGAUACAUCUUGUUGAAGAUUGAUGGAUCGGCAGGGUCAUGAUUAUGCAGCGGCUGCUGCCAUGGCAUUUGCACAGCAGCAACAACAAGCAGCUAAUAUACAGCAGCAGCAGCAGCAGCAGCCACCACCAUUUGGUUUUCACCCACAACAUCAGCAAUUCCUACCUUCAGUUCAUGGCCCUCCUUUUCUACCGCCACAUCCUUCUAUCCAACAAUUUCCCCGCCAUCCCCUCAUGCAGCAGCCACAGAUCCACCCUCAUCCUCCAUCCCAUCUUCACCUUCUUCACCUUCCACAACAACAGCAACCACCCCCGAGUUUUCCUCCACACAUGCCACCUCACCUAGGUCCUUCUCCAUUCCAUGGUCCAUAUGAUGCGCCACCACCACCUGCACCUCCUCCUUCUGAUCCCGAACAACAAAAGUGUAUUGAUAAACUUGUCGAGUAUGCAGUCAAGAAUGGCCCUGAAUUUGAAGCCAUGAUUCGUGAAAAACAGCAAGAUAAUCCUGCUUAUAGUUUCUUGUUUGGUGGUGAAGGCCAUAGUUAUUACCGGUACAAACUCUGGUUAGCUGCACGUCCCCCUGGUGGCAUGUUCAACCCUCCUUUUCCUUCAGCUUCUGUUAAUAUGUUGCAUCCUUCUAAUGCUAUGAUGAACCAGUCGUCUUUGAAUGCUCCACACUUAGCUUCUGGUCCUGGGGCAUCUCCAUCUGUGAUUGGUGGGCAUCAAAUGCAUCAACACCCUUAUCCACCAUACUAUGAACAACAGCAUCACCAGCAUUCUCAGCCUUUUGUCGGUCAUGGGCGUCCAGAAUAUGACCAGUCCUCCAGGACUUUCAAAGGUCUCUCUGGGCCACUUCCUUCUGAUGUUGCUUCAGAGAUGAAUAAUGUGCUCAACAGCCUCACAGGCACCAAAGAGUCAAUCAAAGGCGCCAAAAUGUGGUUCAUGCAAAGGUCUCCAUUUGCACCGGCUUUGGCUGAGGCACUUAGAGAUAGGGUGUUUUCUCUGGAUGACUCUGAAAGACAGUUGCAUAUAAUUUACCUUGCCAAUGACAUCUUAUUCGACAGCUUGCAGAGACGUGUCAAUCCUCACGAAAUCGACAAUGAGGCACUUGCGUUUCGACAUGUUUUAGGUUCCAUGCUUGCACGAAUUUACCACAACCCUCUAAACAAGGAUGAAAAUCAAUCACGAUUGCAGAAAAUCCUACAGUUUUGGGCCUCCAAGGAAGUUUAUGAUCCUGAUACUAUACGCGUACUUGAGAAUGAGAUGCUGAAUGGACCACCCGUCGGUUCUUUUCCAGCAAGUAAGAAUGAUACUGUCCCAGGUGAUCCAUCAGCCAUUCCAGGACAUCAACAGCAGGCAUCAGCAACAAGUGCAGUACAUUGGCAGCCUGAUAAACAGGGUAUGGUGCCAAAUUUAUCAGACCAAGAUCAUCCCGAUAAACAAGUGCCAUCUGUAUUGACAUCAUCGAUUCCAAACCCGCAAUUCCUUCCAAGCUCAAUCCCAUCUGGUGGUUAUGGUGGUUCCAUGCCUAUUUCAUCUUCUGUUCAGCUGCCAAAUCAACAACCUGCCCCUCAUAUGCUUCCAGCACCGGUGGGCAGUGAGAAAUUGCCCCCAUACCCUUUGUUCCCACCCGGUCUGAUCCCUGGAAUGGUUAGAAAGAUGCAAAUUGGCAGCGGAGUACCUUACUCUCCCAUGAGCCCUUUGGAUAUUCCAACCGUUAUACCACCCUCGACGGUCUCCCCAUCUGAAAUUCUGGAGAGUGUAUCAAAAUUCUUCAAGGACAUUGGAGAAGUGAAUCCUUCGGAAGGACCCAUGCGAGGUGGCGAUGUGAAGAGUGACGAUGAAGAUGAGUAUGAAAGAGAGCCUCCGGUUCGUAAGGGAGGUGCAUGUAUCCCUCCACCUCCGAACCUGGUAGACCCAGAGACUGGAACGUUUGCGGAUGGAAGCGUGGAGAAGAAACCAGGAUCGAGUGGGUCGGGAAGGCUGGGGCUAGGGGCAACGGCUAACCCGAAUGAAGCUAGUCAGUAUGAUGAUGUUUAUACUUCAUAUAGGAAACAAAGAAGCACGAAUUACCAUUCUUCCAUGAGUGCAAGAGCUUCUACAAGGUGAAGUUGGAUUAUUAGGAUAUUAAUGGAAGAGCAUGCUGCUAUGACUGUUGUUUUUUAUAUUUUUAUUUCUCUUUUGUCUUUCUAGGAUAAUUUGAAAUAUAUGACUCAUUAAUCCGUUUCGUGUCAAAAUUUUGUAACACGUAUUUCUUUUUUCGUUUUUUGUUAAAGUUAAAUGUUGUUAAAGAGAAUCGAA